AAAUCAACCCCAGGGCAGUGAAUAUCGUUUUCGAAUUGAGUAUAUAAGCUCAGGAAUGAUCGACAGUCGUCACUGGCUUCUUCUUGCUCUCUCAGCAAUCGUCAGCCCUCAAUUAACUCUCUGAAAAUGAAGCUAGUCGUUAGUCUUCUAACGUUGUUGGUCGUCUCCAAUAUUGGAGCUCAACGAAUCAAAGGUGGAGGAGGAUUGUUGACGAGUCCUCGUGUUUUUGGAGGUAAAGUUGGUGGAGGGGGAGGUGUACAUCAUACAGCUGUAGUUCAAGAUCCCCUUUCAGGUGCUCCAGUUGUCGUGUCUAAAGUGUCUCCUAUCGGAGGAGUUAAAGGGGGUGGAUUAGGAGCUGGUUCUGUUCAACUUUCAGUUGGAGAUGGUCUUUUCGGAAACAGAGGACUGUACCGAGUUGGUCAAUCUCAAAUUCCUUAUGGACUCUUAGGCAUGGACUACGGAUCAUAUCCCGCUUCUUUACUCACUGCUCCUAGGUCACUUAGGAGAAAAACAAUUGUGUCUGAUAACUUGUCUGGACUCAGACCAGUUGGAUUUGGACGUCGUCUUGCAGGACCCUCUAAAAUUGGUGGUGGUGGAGCACUACACCACACUGCUGUAGUUCAAGAUCCCCUUUCAGGUUCUCCAGUUGUCGUAUCUAAGCUGAAUCCUAUCGGAGGAGUAAAAGGAGGUGGACUAGGAGCUGGCUCUGUUCAACUUUCCGUUGGAGAUGGUCUUUUUGGAAAUAGAGGACUCUACCGAGUUGGUCAAUCUCAAAUUCCUUAUGGACUUUUAGGCAUGGAUUAUGGCUCUUAUCCUACUUCCCUUCUCACUGGCCGAAGAGGACUUGGAAAAACGAUUUUGUCUGACAAUUUGUCUGGUCUUAGACCAGUUGGUUUCGGAGGUAAACUCGGAGGUGGGGGAGCUGUACAUCAUACCGCUGUAGUGCAAGACCCUCUUUCAGGUGCUCCCGUCGUCGUUUCAAAGGUGUCUCCAAUAGGAGGAGUUAAAGGUGGUGGACUAGGAGCUGGUUCUGUUCAACUUUCAGUUGGAGAUGGUCUUUUUGGAAACAGAGGACUCUACCGAGUUGGUCAAUCUCAAAUACCUUUUGGACUUUUAGGUAUGGAUUACGGAUCUUAUCCUACUUCCCUUCUCACUGGCCGAAGAGGACUUGGCAAAACAAUUUUGUCUGAUAAUUUGUCUGGUCUUAGACCAGUUGGUUUUGGAGGUAAACUCGGUGGUGGGGGAGCUGUACAUCAUACCGCUGUAGUGCAAGACCCUCUUUCAGGUGCUCCCGUCGUCGUUUCAAAGGUGUCUCCAAUUGGAGGAGUUAAAGGUGGUGGACUAGGAGCUGGUUCAGUUCAACUUUCAGUUGGAGAUGGUCUUUUUGGAAACAGAGGUCUGUACCGAGUAGGUCAAUCUCAAGUACCUUUUGGACUUUUAGGUAUGGAUUACGGAUCUUAUCCUACUUCCUUUCUCACUGGCCGAAGAGGUCUUUCCAAAACAAUUUUGUCUGAUAAUUUGUCCGGACUUAGACCAGUUGGUUAUGGGGGCAAAAUUGGAGGUGUUGCCACUGGUGGAUUGGCUGGGAUUGGUGCCACGCAAACCACCAUCGUGCAAGAAGAAGACCCAUUUACAGGAGCUGUCACAACAAGCCAAAUAUCCCAAGUCACCCAAGACCCAAUCGAAACUGCAAUCCAAGAAACUCUUGCAGAUGCUGCCCUCAGCCAAAGCGUGCAAAGUUUGGUAGAUCCUCUCGGAAGUGGUCAAACUCAAGUAUCUGUUGAUGACUUCGGUGGUGUCACUCAAGUUAAAGAAACAAUUGUUUCAGAUCCUCUUACUGGAGAAUUAAACAAAGUAACCGAAGUGACCAAGAGUGGAGGAGGUCUCGCUCAACAAAACAUAGCUGAUGCCAUCGUUCAGGAAAAUAUUGCUUCCGGUCUUGGAAGGGCAAAUCUUGGAGCAUAUUUGCCACGAUUGUCAUUUUUAUCCCAAUACCCUUACGAUUUUUCCGAUGCUGGAGCUUUGAGAUCAAUUGUUUCCAGGCCUCUUAUUCAGCAACAACAAGAAGUGGAACAAAUUUUAGUGAAAUAAAAAGCAACGAACUAUGAAAUAAUUUUUGGUGUAAUAUACUUCAUUUUAGAAUAAAUGGGCAGUCAAUAUUAUGUGAUCUACGUUAAUACAUAUUUUUUUGUGUUGUUUUUAUUAUACGUUGUACAAGUCACGCAUAGCAAUAAAUAUUUAUUUACUUA